AUGCAUGGAGGCGGCACAGAAGUGAAUUCUUGUAAUAGGUGGUAUGACAAAACACUUCAGUUGAUUGCUGGGAAGAAUGGCUACUGCGGUCUCUGUUAUGAGCAUACGCCAGCCGAGGGUCCACCAGUUGCUUCUUUAAUGGACUUUAUCUGUGAUAAAAUGUGAGA